AGCUUCCAAUAGCGUCAAUGUACGUAACAUAGCUUGAUGUUAGCGAGGUCCGCAUUGGCUGUCCCUCAAGGUGUGUGCACGCCUGCCAUUUAACCACUUGUUGAUUACAUGCUGGUGCCAAGUGAACGGGUUAGCUCUAGCUCCUGACCGGUCUUUCCCUCGAUGUCCGCUGAUAUAAUGGCAAAUCAAUACCACAAACUCGAAGCCAAGGCUGUCCAAGAGCUGAAGGACAUCGCCAACAAAAUCCGGAUCCAUUCGGUCAGCUCCACGCAAACGGCAAAGUCGGGGCAUCCAACAUCAUGCUCGUCAAUCGCCGAAAUUUUAUCGGUCCUUUUUUUCAACACAAUGCGAUACAAAAUAUCAGCACCGAAAGACCCCUCAAGUGACCGCUUUGUCCUUUCUAAAGGUCACGCCGCUCCGGCGCUGUACGCAGUAUGGGCCGAGGCGGGUCUUUUCCCCGUUGCUGAUUUACAAAACUUGAGGAAAUUGGGGUCGGACCUCGAGGGUCAUCCAACUCCUCGCUUGAAUUUCAUUGAUGUAGGGACAGGCUCGCUGGGCCAAGGGCUGGCCAUUGCGUGCGGCAUGGCCUACGUGGGCAAAAACUUCGACAAGGCCAGUUAUAGGGUGUACUGCCUGGUCGGGGAUGGGGAGAGCGCCGAGGGUUCAAUCUGGGAAUCGCUCCAUUUUGCGACUUACUACAAGCUCGAUAAUCUCUGCGUUAUCUUUGAUGUGAACCGUCUCGGGCAAUCUGAGCCCACUUCUCUGGGUCAUGAUAUCGACACUUACAGGAAACGGUUGGAAGCGUUCGGUUUCAAUGUAGUUGCCGUCGAUGGACACGACGUCGAAGAGCUGGUGAAAGCCUUCCACGUGUCGUGCAACACCAAAGGGAAGCCUACCGCAAUCAUUGCGAAAACUUUCAAAGGGAAGAACUUCCCCAAAAUUGAAGAUUUGGAAAACUGGCACGGGAAACCACUAGGAGAUCAGGCCGAUCGUGUCCUCCAACACCUCAAAUCUCUUGUUAAAAACACGGGGCCUUUGCAACUCCACCCCCAGAAGCCCCUCACCGACGAUGCUCCCAUUGUUGACAUCAGCAAUAUUAAACUAUCCUCGCCUCCAUCUUACAAAAUCGGCGAUAGUAUUGCUACGAGAGUGGCCUACGGCACUGCUUUGGUCAAGCUCGGCCAAAGCAACCCCCGAGUCAUUGCCCUUGACGGCGAUAUGAAAAAUUCAACAUAUUCGGAAGCCCUUAAAAAAUUUGACCCCACGAGAUACAUCGAAUGUUUCAUCGCCGAACAGAACCUUGUCGGGGUUGCCAUUGGUGCUACUUGUCGCGACCGCACAGUUGCCUUCGUUUCCACCUUUGCUACUUUCUUAACCCGUGCUUAUGACCAGAUUCGUAUGGGGGCUAUUUCUCAGACAAAUGUCAAUUUCUGCGGCUCUCAUUGUGGUGUCAGUAUAGGCGAAGACGGACCAAGCCAGAUGGGGCUGGAAGACAUCGCUAUGUUCCGGACCAUCCCCGGAAGCACUGUCUUCUACCCCGCUGAUGCGGUCUCCACUGAACGUGCCGUCGAACUGGCCGCGAACACCAAAGGAGUCACUUUCAUCAGAACCAACAGACCGGCCACUGCUGUCAUCUACCCCAACAAUCACGUAUUCCAGGUGGGCAAGUCGCACGUGGUGAAGAAGUCGAACAACGACCAAGUCCUGGUUAUUGGUGGCGGAGUGACCCUGCAGGAGGCCAUCGGGGCCGCCAACGAAUUGGCUAAAGCCGGUGUUGGUGUCCGUGUUUUGGAUCUGUUCACCAUCAAGCCAAUUGACAAGGAGGGAAUAAUCAAAAACGCGAAAGAAUGCGGUGGGCGUAUUCUCGUCGUUGAAGACCACUACUACGAGGGGGGCAUUGGCGAGGCUGUCCUUUCGGCGGUCGCUCAGGAGCGCAACAUCGCCGUGAAACACGUGGCAGUGCCCAAAGUGCCCCGCUCCGGGAGCCCCACCGCCCUUUUGGACUACUACGGCCUCAACAGCAAACACAUUGUCAAUUACGUGCAAGAAGCAAUGAAGUUGUAAUUUUAUCAUGUUUACUAAUGGAGCGGUGUAACAUUCCAUUUUAAUAAAAAAAUUCUAAGUUA